AGGGGUUAUUCUGACCGGCCUGGCUAUAAAUACCGGACUGAGCCCGGUGGCCAAAGUGCACUGCUGUGAUUCUCCGUGCAGUGCGUGCUGCCCUGGGAGCCGGCCCCGCCUGCACAGCAACGAUGGAGCAGCCCAGCGACCCGAAGAAGAGGAAAGGGGGCCUGACCCUCGUGCUGUCCCUGGCCACCCUGAUUGCCGCCUUCGGCUCGUCUUUCCAGUAUGGGUACAACGUGUCUGCACUCAACUCGCCUUCUGAGCUCAUGAAGCAGUUUUACAACGAGACCCACCACAGCCGCACCGGCGAGUUCCUGGAGUCGGUCUCCCUCACUCUGCUGUGGUCGGUGACGGUGUCCAUGUUCCCGUUCGGGGGCUUCCUUGGAUCCCUCCUGGUCGGGCCGUUGGUGAAUAAACUGGGCAGAAAAGGGGCCCUGCUCUUCAACAACAUAUUUUCCAUUGUGCCAGCGAUCUUGAUGGGGUGCAGCAAGGUGGCCAAGACCUUCGAGCUCAUCAUAGUGUCCAGACUCCUGGUGGGCAUCUGCGCAGGUGUGUCUUCCAAUGUGGUCCCCAUGUACUUAGGGGAGCUGGCCCCCAAACACCUGCGGGGAGCCCUUGGGGUGGUACCCCAGCUGUUCAUCACCGUUGGCAUCCUGGUGGCGCAGCUGGUCGGUCUCCGGAAUGCCCUGGCAAAUGACCAAGGCUGGCCCAUCCUGCUGGGGCUGACCGGGGUCCCCGCGGCGCUGCAGCUGCUGCUGCUGCCCCUCUUCCCCGAGAGCCCCAGGUACCUGCUCAUUCAGAAGCGGGAUGAAGACGCUGCCAGGAAAGCGCUGCAGAGGCUGCGUGGCUGGGACGACGUGGCCGAGGACAUAGAGGAGAUCCGGCAGGAGGACCAGGCGGAGAAGGUGGCCGGCUCCAUGUCCGUAUGGGCACUGUUCGGCCUGCGUGCCCUGCGCUGGCAGCUAAUCUCCAUCGUGGUCCUCAUGGGUGGCCAGCAGCUGUCCGGAGUGAACGCGAUCUACUACUAUGCAGACCAGAUCUACCUGAGCGCCGGGGUCAAGGCCAAUGACGUCCAGUACGUGACGGUCGGGACAGGAGCCGUCAAUGUAUUCAUGACCAUCUGCACUGUGUUCGUGGUGGAGUUCUGGGGCCGGCGCCGGCUGCUGCUCCUCGGCUUCUCCACCUGCUUCUUGGCCUGCGUGGUGCUCACGGUGGCCCUGGUGCUGCAGGACCAGCUGACCUGGAUGCCCUACAUCAGCAUCGCCUGCAUCAUCAUCUACGUCAUAGGACAUGCCGUCGGGCCCAGUCCCAUCCCCGCCCUGCUCAUCACUGAGGUCUUCCUGCAGUCCUCGCGGCCGGCCGCCUACAUGGUCGGGGGCAGCGUGCACUGGCUGUCCAACUUCACCGUGGGCCUCGUCUUCCCAUUCAUCCAGGAGGGGCUCGGCGCCUACAGUUUCAUCAUCUUUGCGGUCAUCUGCUUGCUCACCACCAUCUACAUCGCCCUGAUCAUCCCGGAAACCAAGAACAAGACCUUCAUUGAGAUCAACCAGACCUUCGCCAAGAUGAACAAGGUGUCCGCCAUCCCCAGCGAGAGCCAGGAGAUGGCCGAACUCCCGUCGUCCACCUCGAUGUAGUGGAGCCCAGGAAGGAGCCGGGUUCCCCAGGAUUCACUUCCCAGCUUCCCGUAGUCUGCACCAUCCAGACUGGAGGGGGUGCAGCCAGACUGAAGGGGGUGCAGGCUGCAGGGCCAGCUGCUCUGCCCAGCGGGGACUGUGGCAGGCUCUGUGCUUCCCUGGGGCCCAGCGUCCCCUCAGACUGGCCAGCUACCAGCCUUGAGUCCAGGAACGGCCAUUGUCACCCCUGUGGGAAACAGGAUGGGGCAGCUGGGGACAAAUUUCCUAACCAGCAGGGCUCCCACAGGGCCAGGAGGAGGAAUUCUAUUUGCCAGUGAAAUGGCCCUUCUUUAUGGCCUCCGUGGACCUCCUGGGCCCUAACUUUUGUGCAGAGCUGAAUUCAGGCUUCCGAUCCGAACCCCGCCUUCCAGAAACUCCUGUCUGGGAAAGUGGGGCGUCCAGAGUAUGGCACAGAGAGACCUGGGGACUGGUCCCUGGGAGAUAGUGACUGAGCCAAGUGGAAAGGAGCUGCAUCCAUACAUUCAAUAAAAGGGAUCUGACCACUUGG